AUGAACCUUUUGCUCACUAUUCGACUGCUCAUGCAAGGGAAGGAAGUCGGUAGCAUAAUUGGUAAACGAGGCGAUCAAAUCAAGAGAAUUCGGGAAGAUUCCGGUGCAAAAAUCAACAUAUCGGAUGGGUCAUGUCCGGAACGGAUAGUGACUAUCACAGGAAGUUUGGCCACCAUCAACAAGGCUUUUGCAAUGAUCUCUAAUAAAUUUGAAGAGGAUAUGCGUGCUUUGCCGAAUUCCGUUCCUAAGCCACCGAUCACAAUGCGGUUGAUCGUCCCAGCGACACAAUGCGGUUCACUUAUAGGAAAAAGCGGUUCGAAAAUCAAAGAAAUUCGAGAGGCGACAGGGGCCUCCAUUCAAGUGGCCUCAGAAAUGUUGCCACAAUCAACGGAGCGUGCCGUUACGGUGUCCGGGACUGCCGAUGCUAUCAUAUUGUGUAUGGGACAAGUUUGUCAGAUACUUUUAGAGGUAUGCCGUUCUUACCAUUCGUUUUUACUAUGCGAGAGACGAAUUUCUCUAUAUCGCUUCAGUACUUCUGCCAACGAUCAUAUUGGGGCACAAAGUCAAUAUUUGGUAAUCGCGAUUCUGGGAACGAAGACUUCCUCAAAUGCGGAUGAGGAAUUAGAUAGAAAUUAUAUCCAUUAUGCAUGUUGUGGGAUGUUCAUUUUGCAGUUGUAUGCGACAAGUCGUCCAGUGUACAUCCCAGAAACUACCAUGCCUUGGGCGCUAAUCUGA